CCAUAAAUUCCGACAAUGCUAUCAGUUUUGUACUUUCGUACAAUCUUACGACGAAAGAAGUUAUUUUGUUUUACUGCUGCAAAUUGGAAAUUUAAUUCUUGUUCAUUAUCAAUGGCUGUUCAGAUAAAAAUGGUUUUGUUCUUGUGUAGGACCCUCCGCAAUGUCGUUUUAUUAUUAUUGAUGAUAACAAGUGCAUUUGCUACUCUCCAUAAGAAAAGCUGGGACACUUGCCAUUUUGGAUCCGUUGAAUGUAAAUGCCAGACAGUUCCUAACAAUCUGCUGAAAGCCGAUUGUUCCGGACGACGACUCCAUACCCUUCCUGCAUUUAAUACGAAUGUGACAUGGAUAGACCUGAGUAAUAAUUAUAUCGCUAACCUAAGCAGGGGAUUUCCAAGAAAUGUAUCGUACAUUAAUUUGUCCAGCAAUAAAAUACAACAACUUAAUAUGCAUCCCUUCAAUGGAUUAAUUAAUCUCAAAACUUUAAAUUUAGAAAGAAAUCGGAUAAAUAUAACGUUGAUGUACAAAGGUUUGUUUACCGAUCUACACUCUCUUACUGAAUUAAGUUUGAAAGGAAAUAUACAAGAUAAAUUUAAGCCCACGUUGAUACUGGACGAUGUGUUCUCCGAAUUAAGAUCAUUAGAAACACUUAAAAUUGACGGACCGGCUAAUGUAACAUUUGGAAAAGGAUUUCGAGGUUUAACAAGAUUGCAAAAGAUAGAUUUAUCUGGAAUAACAGGUUAUUGCAGUUUUCAAAGGAUAUCACAUGAUAUGUUUUUGAAUAUGCCUAAACUCACCUACGUGGACGUGUCUGCUUGUGAUAUUUUGGAUAUUGAAGAAGGUGCAUUUGGAAAGCUCAGAUAUCUCGAGCACCUUGAUGUUUCUCAUAACAAACAACUCGGAUUUGCAUCACUUCCGAAUAUAACUCAUAACCUUAACAAAACAUCGAUAAGAGUUUUACGUGUUAAUGGAAUAAACUGUUUGUCUGGAAUCGGCACAAAGAUACUGAAACGUCAUUUUGAGAACUUGAAACACACAAACAUUUCCGAAAUCUACCUUGAAAAGAACAGACUUGAGCAACUUGAGCCGGGGGCACUUCGACUGUUGCCAAACACAAUAGAUAUCAUUUCGUUUGGAGAAAAUAAACUAACUCAAGGAAGGUACAUCUUGGAUUAUUUCUUUUUACAAAAUGCACGAGUCCUGAAUAUCAGUGUACAACUCAGGCCACCUCCCUAUCCCGAAUCAAUAUUUGAACGUUGCAUAGAAAAAACAGAUGUUUUACGACCAAACGAACGAAAUUUUGUAAAACGUGAUACAUCGAAAAUAAGAGAAAACAAAUACAAAUCUUUGAUAAACGAAUUUAUACACAGAAAUCGGUGGCAUUGGAAAUUUGUUUUGACCUUUGAUCUUCCGAAAUCUCUGGAGGUUUUAUAUGCAAAUAUGAGUCGGCUUUACAGAACUAUACCUGAAUUUGGAAUAAAUGCCACUGGCGCAAGAGAAAUAUAUGCACAAGACAAUUUUCUGUAUUACUGGGAUGGACCAAUUCACGGCAUGGAAAACAUAAAGAUUAUGGACCUCUCAAACAAUUUUUGCUCGCACAUUUCAAAAUCGUUCUUAAAAUACGCACGAGGCCUGACGACGUUACGCAUGUCCAAAAAUGAUAUUGGUAAGAGUCUGUCAAGUGAUAUGGAGGGAGAGAUCUUUAAGAACACAGUGUCAAUGGAGGUUCUUGAUUUAUCUUAUAAUAAUAUUGUUGAUCUUUCUACGUCUAUGUUUAAAAACCUGGAAAGACUACAAACAUUAAACUUACAGAACAAUAAGCUAUCGACGUGGCGUGUGAAAGUGGAUCAUAUGAAAAGUAUACAAUUCAUUAACCUAAAACAAAAUAGACUGACAACAUUUGGGAAAGAAGCACAAAUGUCAUUCACAAAAUUGUUUCAAAUAACAAACCUUUCCAUCGAUUUAUCGGGAAAUCAGUUUCUUUGCUCCUGUGACAGUGUACACUUUCUGGAAUGGAUUACUGGUUAUCGGAACCGUUUUGUACAUUUUAACCGUUACGAAUGUUCAUCCACAAGCUCACAUAAAUUUAAUUUUUCGGACGCUGAAAACUCUUUAAUCUUACUUAAGAAAAACUGUGAAUCUUAUCUCGUUACAUAUAUUGUCAGCUCCGUUGUGGUAGCUUUCAUAUUAAGUAUUAUUAUUGGUAUUGUUCUCGUUAAAAAUAAAUGGAAGAUUCGAUACGUGGUGUACAAAUUUAAACAACGUUUCAAAAAAUAUGCAUUUCAUUCAGCAAUUCCUCAGGCAGAAUCUCCCUCUUAUGAGUAUGAUAUAAUGAUUUCGUAUUCCCCAAAAGAAUUAUCAUUCGUUCUUACCGACGUGAUUCCUCGACUUGAAAACGAGGCUCGUUUUCAGUUAUAUAUCAAAGACCGCGAUGAGCCAUUAGGAAUUCCCUUGGGAGAAGCCAUUAUGGAGGCUAUUCAAAAGAGCAAAAGAGUUGUAUGUCUCGUGACAAGAAGUUAUCUGAAAUCAAAAUUGCAAGACUACGAAUUAAACAUGUCAAGGAUGGAAGCUAUCGAGGACAGAGAAAAUUUGAAUUUUGUCCACUUAAUCUUAUUUCCUGAUGUUUGCAAUGGAUCUAUUUCCAUUCAAACCUUAGAUCUCGUUAGACAAGAAUGUUUUUCCGAGUAUCCAGAGGAAGAGUGUGCGUUUGAUGAUUUUUGGGAGACAUUGAUAUCCCAUAUAAAAGAACUCAACCGACAUUAAUAUGAUUAGAUCUACUUUUGUUUCUUUAUUGUGUGUGUGUGUGUUUCGUUGUAUUUAUAUUAAUACUUGUUUGUAAUUAUAUUGAACUAAAAUUGCACACAGCUUAUGAAAACGAAGAGUGUAGAUUUAGUGGACCAAGUUAAAAAAAGGAAAGUAUCAAUUUAUGAUAUGUACGGAAGUUUUGAAAUAUUUUUUAUACUGUCAUGAAACAGUUAAACAUGUAUGAACGAUUAUCUCUUUUAUGAAUCACGUCAUUAAGGGAAAUGCGAAACAGGUUGAUUCCCCCUUUUUAAAAAAACAUUGAGCAACACAUAAACACCUUUUUAUAAUGUCGUUUCAAUAAAUGUUUCUUUAAGCGUU